GAGAGGUGACUAUGACUCUUGGUCACAGCGACUCACAAAUGAGAGAGACUCUGAACUGAAGUCUUGAAUUUAUGGACUUGAAACAGCAAUCUCAAACAGACACUGAGACUGGCAAGGCAUCUGAUGAGCAGUUUGGUGAGCAGUGCUUUAGAAAUUUGGAGUCAUCCAACAAGUUGAAUUUCCCUUGGGCUUAUAGAUGUUGCUCACACUCAAGGUCCACUAGACGGCAGCUUUUACGUCUGGGUUUGCAAGAAAGACUCUUUUGGAGGUGUUGUGUCUGCUAAUGGUGCUUCUUCGACUGACUGGGCUCCUUCUGUAGUUCAACACACUCUUCCACAUCUACUACCAGCUUUUGACCACAGCCUAUCUGUCAGCAGUGACCCUGGUAACUCCACUGCUUCUGUUGAGACAGUCAUUGACAUCCUCAAGGCUUGUGACCCAAGCACCUUGAGACUGCUAUUAGUCCUCACGAGCAACGUACAGCAGCUCAGUGGUUAAAAACGACCUCCACUCUACCCUAGUCAAACUUUCCUUCCUGCUGCCAGCACAAGCCCAGGGGUGGGUGUGCAGCAUCUUGUGCCUGUCCAGGUCCACGUGAACAGACAAGCAGGUGCUGAGCGUGAAACUGACAUUCUGGACAACAGGAGUCCACUGUAGUGGAAGUAGACGGACAGUGGAGGGCUUUCCUGGAGCGAAGGCCAGCAGCAUCUAAAAAGGAGAUGCCUGUGCACCAGGUGCAAGGAUCAUCAUAUGAGUGUCUGAUAGACUACACUGGACAGAACGGAGAAAUGUGUCACUCACAGUGGUAUGGUGCCCCAAUGCUGGAUGGAGGACCUCAUUUCUCACCACAAGCUCCUGAACGUAGCACAAGCAGCCGAGAGGCAGUGCAGCGAGGACUCAGUACCUGGCAUCAAUAUGAUCUGGUGGAUGACCCCUUCUUUGGCUCAAAUGGUGGCCUGCCACGGUUCCCAGCUAGUGGGGGGGCACCACGGCAGGAUGUAGAACAGUCUAUAGAGGUCCUCAACAAGCUCAUGCUUGAAUUGGAGCCUUCAAAUACACGAGUUACCAAGUCUCAGUAUGCACCCCCAGGGGAGAACAGCACAGUCUUUCAACCAGCCUUUGCUCAGACACUCGAUAGACCUUCCUACCAGGCUGACCUGGCCAUCCGUAGCUUCACUGGGGGCCCACCUCUCUCUUCCUCUGUCAUUUUUGGCCAGUCCUCACAAAAAUCAUCACCUGCUUAUACCAUGGCCCCACCAUCCGAGCUCCAUCAGAGGGGGUUCCAGUCCCCUCAUGCUUACUCAACAAUCUAUCAGCAAGAUCCAUACAGCGUCUGUAAAGCUUUAGUUACAACACCAUCCCCAACUUUACCCGUCCCAUCUCCAAUCAAACCCCAGCAUGUAUCCCCAUUAAGUGGUGAGGUGCCUUACCCUCCAGACCUUCAGGGCACAUACCCAUAUUCAAGCCCCCAAAGAAGCUGCAGUGCAUCGCCAUCCCCAUUCCCCACUGUUACCCCUGCUAAAGAGCCUGAGACAAAAUCUGAGGAGGAGACUCUAAAACUAGAGGGACUUGUAGCCCACCGUGUUGCAGAAUACAACGCUCGCAUUCGGGGCAUUUCAGAGAGCAUGUCCUUCCAGCCUGAACGUCAUCGUUCCUAUUCGUUCUCUGGAUCACGUUCACCCACAGUCACCCCAGAUGAAGCCAUGCCAAACAUACGUCGGCGAACCACCAGUGAGAGCCAGUACCUCAACAACCGAAAUGACAGUCCUGCCCAUGGGGUGUGCUCCCCAGAGAAAUCCAUAUCCCCAGAGUUUGUCAACACAAUUGCAGUAAACCCAGGUGGACGACCCAAGGAGAGACAACUGCAUAGCUCCAGGGAGCCCUUCGAAGUGGUGGAGUUUGCGCCUAUAAGUCCCACCUCUAGUUAUGGUGGUGAAACACAACCCCUGACCCCUGCCUUUCCUGUUUCACCCAAUACCUCACCACAGACCCCCUACUUUAAACGGUGCCGUUCACCCACUGGUCUUGCCAAAAACUCUUUGUCAGCUUUGAAGGCACAGAGUCCUGCAGAACCACUGGUACAGCAAAGCAGUUCAGAAAGACCUGUGUUUCCUGCCUAUAAUUUUGACCCACCUAAGCCUGUCAACAGUGCCAGCUACAAUCCUGAUAGCAACAUAUGGAUGGGAAAUCCUGUGCUUCCGAUUGGUGGUCAGCAUAUCUUAUCAUCAUUUCCAUCCGAGGCCAUUCAAGCCCCUCUCUUUCCUGACCCCAUUGGUUACCUUGACCCUAAGGAGGCCACUGUUAACAUCAUGGGUGUCCAUCAUGUCCCUGGAAGCCCCAACACACUCCACCGAACAGUGGCCACCAACACACCACCAAGCCCUGCCCUGCAGCGUAGGCUUGGUGGUCAGAGCAGCCCAGCUUUGGGGCGACACAUACCACCAGCCAGUGGCACUCCCAACAGCCCUCUGUUGGGUCGCAAUGGCAAGUUCAUCCCACCAAGCCCUGUGCUAAACCGCUACUCAACACCUGUUCCAGUUGCCUCCAGCCUAGAUCACAAACCCACACCUAGUGGUCAGGCCACCCCAGAUGAGAGAGUCCAGGCGCAGUCCAGGCAAAGCACCACUUCCAUAGCUCAACAUGGAUCCCCUACCCCCACUUUUCCCUUAGAACAUCCCUGUAGACCCUCACACUUCCUGCCUUUGGAUAAGAGGACAGUGCCGAUUGCAGAGAAUCCUGACAGUGUUCUAGAAGACAUUUCACAAAAUGGGAAAGCUCCCACUCGUACACCAACACCCGUUUGGCUCAGCAUGACCAGUACCACCCCACAGCCACCACAAGAACCUGCAAUCAUGUCAAUAUAUGCUGAUGGACCUCCAGAUAUUAGACUCAAUGUGAAGUUUGUUCAAGAUACAUCCAAAUUCUGGUACAAACCAGAAAUCUCCAGGGAACAAGCCAUUUGUCUUCUGAAAGAUCGUGAACCAGGAGCAUUUGUUAUCCGAGACAGUAACUCCUUCAGAGGAGCAUAUGGCUUGGCAAUGAAAGUAGCCUCUCCACCUCCAACAGUACAGCAGAACAAAAUGGCUGGAGAUAUAACAAAUGAGUUGGUACGACACUUCUUGAUUGAAACCAGUGCUAAGGGCGUGAGACUUAAGGGUUGCCCAAAUGAGCCCUACUUUGGGUGUCUGUCUGCUCUGGUAUAUCAACACUCCAUCACACCUUUGGCUCUUCCUUGCAAGCUUAUGAUCCCUACAAGAGAUCCACGUGAAGAGGCCAUGGAUCUUGCCACACAAACAAGUUCAACACUGGAUUUACUUAAGCAGGGAGCAGGACCUCCUAAACCAAAUGAGGGGUUUCAAGCAUGUAAUGUUUUGUACAUAAACUCUGUGGAUGUGGAAUCUUUGACUGGUCCUCAGGCUGUAGCAAAAGCCAUCACUGAGACGCUUACUUCCAAUUCUGCUUCUUUGGAAACUAUUGUCCGCUUCAAAGUGUCCACAAAGGGCAUCACACUCACUGACAAUCAGAGGAAGAUUUUUUUCAGACGCCAUUAUCCGAUCAAUACAAUCACAUACUGCAAUGUGGACCCACAAAACCGGAAGUGGAAUAAAGCAGAGGGUGGGGUAGCAAAACUUUUUGGGUUUGUGGCUCGAAAACAAGGAAGCACAACUGAUAAUGUGAGUCACCUGUUCGCUGAGCUAGAACCAGACCAGCCUGUGACAGACAUUGUCCACUUUGUUUCCAAAGUCAUGCCAGACAUCCAGAAACUUUGAGUGACCACCUAGCUGCCAUCUUGGUUUCUCCAUAUGAGUGUGAAUUUUCCCACCAAAGAGGAUUUUGUGAUUCAUAUGUGGAUGAUUCUUUAUACAUGUUACUUAAAAAAACUAAACAAAAAACAUAAUAAUAGCAUGUGUCAAAUAACAUUUAGGAGGUUGGGUUCUUACUUUUCACUGUUUAUGAAGACUUGAAAAUAAUGCUGUUGUUUAAGGGACUCCAUAAAGAUCUGGGUGAAAAGGAAGUGCCAAAAUUUAAGGUAGUAAGUAAAACAUGACAGUUAAAAAGGCAAUUACUCUAGUCAGGAUGUAGGGCUUUCAAAAAUGAAUGAAUGAUAUGAAGAAAAAUAAAUAAAUUAAGGGAAAAAAUAUAUAUGAUAUGAUAAUUCAACAUCCAAAGUUAGAGUUAAGAAAAAAAAAGUUUUGGGACAAUUAUUUUAUUUCAUUUAGCACAAAAAAACAAACAAAAAACAGAUAAGAUCAUACAGCUAAAAACACACAAAAUUCCACUUUAUUCAUACUUCUGUGUAAAGUAUGAAAAAAAUAUUUUGUAUGUUUACUUGCAAGAAACCUUCACGAGUAAGUCUUUUUCUCUGAACUCAGCUUUUCACUUCAAAAAAUAGACCAAAUUGAUUGAUGUCAGUCUCUAAAUUCUAUGUGUUGUUUGUCCAUUUCAAAACAGGGUUUUAUUAAACUGUAACAAAGUAGACAUCUUUUUCGUUUUUUAAUAUAAGGUUUGUUUCAUAAGCAAUGGUCACAGUCCAUUCUUUUCUUAUUGUGUCAAAGGCUAAUUUUUAACAAACACAUCUUUACAUUACUAUCUAAUGAAAGGGUUCUAGAAAUGAUAAUCAUAGACAUAUGCAUGUACUGUAUAGAAAUGAAAUAUGUAUAAAUGACAUUAACUGAAUGUUUGGACAUGAUAUUACUAUCGGGUAACUAUAUAAAAAAUAUUGGAUUGUCUACAGAAAAAGUCAAAACUAAUUGUUUUGGCUAAAAUGUAAAAGUUUUAAACAUUUUAGUGAACACCAACAAAUGUAGAAAUUUGCCAUGAGUGCUGCCAUUAUGAGAAUGAAUUAAAUAGAUCUUGCAAAUGAAAUGGAUUGUGUUAUUGGUCAAAGGGAGAGCUGUCAUUCACUGUUUUUUAUGUGAAUGAACAAAAGGCAAUGUUUUGUUUGCUAAAGACAUUUAGAAUUUAAUACAUACUGUGCCCUUCAUCCUGUCAAUUAAUUUCAACCUAGUGGCAUAGAAUGAUCGUUAAGGCUGAUUUAUACUUCUGCGUUUAACCUACAGCACUGAUUCAGCGUAGUGGCAAACGCAUUGGUUUGCAUUUAUAAUUCUCCAUUGGUGUGUCUACAUUAUUCUGUGAGUAGACAACAUAGCAAAAAUGCUAAUUAUACAUUUAAUAAAUAAACAAAAGCAAUAUAAUUCCUGAAUUUCUUAAGAAUUUAUUAAAUUAUUGAAGCAUUAAAAGUGAGUUCAAAGUUUAGACACAUAUUGUACACGUUUCCUGCAUUGCUGGGAGAAAAUAAAGUUGGAAAUUACUGUAUGCUUGCUCUAGAGUCUCUCAAAUAAUAAUAAAUAAAUAUUCUGGCAUACAUUUGAUGUUCCGUGCUGAAAUAGAAAUCAUCAAAUCAAUUAAGAACUACGUGCCUAAAUAACACAAAACAGGUGUCGUUUUAAAGACCUUACAAUGCAUAUAUAGUAGACCAUUUCAAGGACGUAAACAAUAACAAAGAAAUUAGAACGGUACUGCGCAUGUCUUGCCCUGAAGCAUUUCUUGUAGCUGCAUUUUUAAAACCCAGAACUGCCAAAAUGAAAUAACUAUAGUGCGUACUUUUACAGUCUAGCUAAAAUGGAACAAACAAGAUAUGUGUAAAAACUGAAAAUAAACAAUGUGAUAACGGGAUCCUUUAAAUAAGACUCUUUAGUUAACUAAUUUUCUCAAAGAACAUCAAACGUUUACCUGAGGUGCCUUUUCCAGACGUGUUGUUGAUACUGAGCGUCUACGCGAGAGAGGCGAUAAAACCGUAGUUAAGAUGCUCACAAUUAUAUCCUCAGCGGAAAGAUCGGGAAUUUUGGAUCACUCCUAUUAUAUUCAUUAAAGCUGUUAACGCUGCAAACGUGUGACUUGCAGACAAGGUAAGGUUUUUUUAAUUAUGUACAAAAAAAAUUCCUUGUGUGCCUCUCUCUUCUGUACUAGCUUUUAUACUACUCCAGCUACUCUGAGAACUUGGCAGUGCAAUACUGCAGAUAUUGUUGACUUUUGUGUGACAAAUUGCUUAUGUUCCUCAUUUGUAAGUUGCCUGCUAAAUUACUAAAUGUAAAUGUAAAUGACUUGCGCAGCUUCAUUCAUUAUAAUGGGAGCGAUCUCUAGCGACUCAACCUAUGAAGCAUACAAUUAGUUGGCAAAAUGUCGUUCACUUGCCAGAGAUGUGAUGUGUGUGGGCGUUGUGUUUGGCCUUUCUGCCCCGUUUCACGGCCGGCCCACCGAUAAAAGUCCUGGUUAAAAGUCCCCUGUCCAGCCAUCUCGCUUCACUGCAGCGGUUCAUGUGUCUAUUUGUGAUUGCUCUUUCAGCAAUAUAUACCAAUUUUUAUUUUUAUUUCCAUUAGUUCCAGGCACCCAGGGAGCAUCUAGCCACCGAACAACAUAGUCUAAAUUUGAAUAAUGAUACUCUAUUACAAUCGUAUCAACAUUAGUAAUGUUAAUCGUGUUAAAGUCACUAUGAAUGAAGCGCCUCCCGCUGUUGUUUUGAAUGAGCUUGACAACAAGCCGAAAAUGUUCAAGGGAUAAAGACGUCACUUCCUUAAACUGCCGAACAGUCCUUGAAAUGGUCUAUAAGCAGUAUAACCUGCUCUUACCAGGUACUUUUCCUUUCCAUAACUUAUGAAAUACGAUUUACUGUACAACAUAGUAUCAAAUAUACGGUCAAAACAUCGUGCAGAUCAUAAAGUUCACAAGUGGAAUACAACAGAUAUAAUUUCACUCACAUAUCAAAUUAAAAAUUAAGACCCAGAGAAAAAAACAUUUUAGGGUUUAUAAGCUCUAAACAGAUUUUUUUUUUUUUUUCAUGUUUUGCUUGUAACUUCAUGAAACACAAACAGCAACUGCUCUCGAUUAAGUCAAUUGUUUACUGUUCCAGAGUCCAAAUACAAUGUGAUAUGAUGCAUAGAUCUUAAAAUAAUUUUAAAAUGUGACACUACCUCAGAUAUUCUUGUUAUCAUUCUGGGGGGUGGUCUCUGGUCACAAAGUGGACCAAUUACAGCUAUUGUGGUCUGUGUCGAUGCAAAGUUACAUUUUUGAAGAGGUGCAUGUCAGGCUGCACCGUAACCGGCAUAGCAACGCGUAGGUUCAAUGCAGAAGUAUCAAUCAGCCUUUACUAUUACUACAUUUUUGCGAACUGAGUUUUAUGUGGCAAGUUGUACGUUUCUCCACAGUUUCCUUGAAAACAAAUCUAGAGGCGCUACAACUGUGCGUUUUAUUCAACGGCUUUAUGAUGUCACAACACUUUUACUCUAACACAUUGUUUGAAAAACGAUAAAUUUUAAUGCUUGUAAUACAGACCCACCUACAUAGAAGUGUCAUAGAAGUGACACAAAAUGACGUGGUUGCUUUAGAAAAUGUGUUGUUAAUGUCGCAUUUGCUCUUAGGACACUGUAAGUUAGCUUUAGGUGUUGGUUUAGGGUAAGGAUAUCUAUUUUGUUUACCUCUCAUUUGCUUUUAGACACUAUCAGUUAGGUUUAGGUUAAAGUUUAAAGUUAGGAAGGUACGUUAUACUCAUUUAAAUCUCUAACAUUCACCUUUUCACUUGCUUUUGGCGCCCUCGCUGGACAUUUCACUGGGAAACUGCAAAAAUGUUGCCACUGUCAUGUAAUUUUCAUGAGAUCAGGCUGAUUCAUUUACUGUAGUUUCCUUGUCUCUACCAUCUAUGAUUAUAAAAUAUUUAUUAAAGUUCACCUUAAAAUUAUAAUUCUUUCAUCAUUUACUCACCCUCAUGCAUUCUCAAACUCGUACGACUGUCUGUGUUUUCCUAAAUGCAUGAUGUGUUUAUAUCAUACAAUGCCAUCAGCAGUCUCCUUGCUGCGAUCACGAGAGAUGCUUGAUUACACUUGCACUUGAUGCAUGCAUGGAGCUGGUCUGUUUCUCCAAAACUGAUCAUAUCACUUCAGAAGAUACGGAUUAAACCAUAUGAGUUGGAUGGAUUGCCUUUAUGAUGCCUUUAUGUCCUUUUUGGAGCUUUGAAAAGUUUUGGUCCCCAUUGACAUCAUAUGUCUUUCAUAAAUCUUUGUGUUCUGCUUAAGAAAGUCAUAUGAGUUUGAGACAGCAUAAGGGUGAGUAAAUGAUGAGAGAACUGUCAUUUUUGGGUGAACUAUUCCUUUAAAACAGUAGAUGGACAGAGAGAAAAAAAGCCCAACCCCACACUUUGGCAUCGCCCUCAUUUUUGGGAAGCUCACAUUAACACCAUCAGACACUUUGACAUUUCUCCUACCUAUUCCAAAGUCCUUUAUGUCCCUGUACCCAAGUAGGACAUGUUAUCAUUCUGCCUAGAAUAUCAUCUACAACAUAUUCAUGGUUCAGUUAUGUAUUACUAGUUGGCCCACCAACUUUCACGGAAGGUGAUCUGUGAUGUUGAAUCAGAGUUACAGUAAGUGAACAUCAAGGAAGUGAAGGAAGGAAAUGCACUGAUGGAGUGAUGUAUGUUUGUUAAGAGAGGGUUUGAUUUGAGGUGAAUGUAUCAUAGAACUAAUAGUUUAACUUUUCUUUCUUUCUUUUUCUUUUUUCUUUUGCCUGUUGUUUCUAAAGAAGUUUAAAAAAAUGUUAUUAAAAAAAAUCUGUAGGUUAAUACUGUGUCAUUGUGUCUGUCAAAAUACAUGUAUAUUUAAUCAUAUUUUAAAAUCAAAGUAUUUUAUGUUUGUGGAAAUAUUCAGCAUGGAUAUCAAAGCUUUGUCCAAAACACUCAAGGGCUCCUACAGCAAAUUAAUUGAGGACAGUUAAUCUUCAAUUCAAUGUAAUGUAUACAAAGUUUCACAGCUUUACAGUGUCUGAGGCCUGAGGGUGCCACACUACAGUUUAUACUACAUCAGAGAAUGCUGUGAAUCCAUUAAUUUCAAUAGAGAUGGUACAACUGAAGGACGUAAUGACAUAUGUUAAGACCAAUUAACACUUUUGCUGCAACUCACUCUUGACGUCAGGAUCCAUUGACCAAUGAGAAUAUCAGAGAUGUGGGUCCAGUUUUACUUUUGGAAAUCUGUUGUAUUUCCACUUGAUUGCAAACUGACCUGACUCUUUCCACACCCUCAAAACAGUGUUGACACAUUCAGGGGCGGUCUGGACUUUCUGGCCCAGAUCGGCACACCACACCCGGCCUGCAACACAACACACCACACCAUAACACAUCAUCUCAUUGAUGCACAGACCAAUUUUUAACACAACUAACUAGCAUAAAAAAUAUAACACAAUACAGAAACAUAAAUGCUCUUUAAAUGUAUUUAUUUGAAAUAAAAUAUCUUGUUUGUGAGCUUCA